CACCAGGAAGACGCAGCUGAUAUGACUGUACAUGAACGGAAUACACUCAAAUGAACACAAAACAUCAAUGAAUAGCUAAUAACAACUCAUAACGCAUAAAACAAACACCGCGGCCGGGGCUUUGGGGGUUUAUGGUGUUUAGUCGUCAUGGCAACCAAGUUGUAAAAUUGGAUAUAACUUCACACAGAAAAGGUUGUACCUUUAACCCUGGCAUUUGGGGUCGGUUACUAUGGAGGAUACUAAUAGAGAGGCCGUCGCCACAGCGGUCCAGAGGGUUGCCGGGAUGCUGCAGCGCUCUGACCAGCUAGACAAAGUGGAGCAGUACAGACGGAGAGAGGCACGCAAGAAAGCAUCCGUGGAGGCCAGGUUAAAGGCUGCUAUUCAGUCCCAGUUGGAUGGGGUACGAACAGGCCUCACACAGCUCCAUAACGCUCUGUGUGAUGUUAAAGACAUCCAGAACUCACUGGCAGACGUGAGUAAAGACUGGAGGCAGAGCAUUAACACUAUAGAGAAUCUGAAGGACGUGAAAGACGCUGUGGUGCAGCACAGUCAGCUGGCAUCAGCUGUGGAGAACCUUAAAAACAUUUUCUCAGUACCCGAGAUUGUGCGAGAGUCCCAAGAUCUGAUCGAACAGGGUGAGCUGCUUCAAGCUCACCGUAAGCUAAUGGACCUGGAGUGCUCCCGCGACGAUCUCAUGUACGAGCAGUACCGCAUGGACAGCAAGAAUGUCCAUGACAUGAACCUCAUUCGCAACUACUUCGGCCAGGUGCAGGGCCAAUCUGAUGAGCUCUCCAAACAGCUGUGGAUGGUCCUUCAGCGCGCCAUGGUCACCGUCCGCCGUGACCCCACCAUGUUAGUGUCCGUGGUUCGAAUCAUUGAGCGAGAGGAGAAGAUCGACCGUAAGAUGCUGGACCGCAAGAAGCAGACCGGAUUCAUCCCACCUGGAAGACCCAAAUGCUGGAAGAACCGGAUGAACGAAGUCCUGGAGGGAACGGUGAGCGGCCGCAUUGAGAGCACGCAGUCAGAGACACGGGAAUCCGAUAAAAUGUGGCUGGUGAGGUUGCUGGAAAUCACCAGGAAGUAUGUGCUGGAUGAUCUAGUUGUGGUGAAGAACCUAAUGGUCCAGUGCUUUCCUCCACACUACAACACUUUUCAGGUGUUCUUUGACCUCUAUCGUAAAUCAGUGUCGGCACGAGUGCAAGAGCUGGCAGCAGAAGAUCUAGAAGCCAAUGAGAUUGUAUCUCUUCUUACCUGGGUCCUCAACACAUAUAAAAGUGUUGAUAUGAUGGGUCAUCCUGAUCUUCAGCCCGAGUGUGAUGUGAAGCAGCUGGAGCCGCUGUUACCUGAACAAGUGGUGGAUGAUUUGCUGGGAAAAUACCUCAAAACAUUUACUUCAAACAUCACAGGCUGGCUCCGCAAAGCUCUGGAAACGGACAAGAAAGACUGGCAGAAGGAGACAGAGCCUGAAGCCGACCAGGACGGCUACUACCAGACCACCUUACCUGCCAUUGUCUUCCAGAUGUUUGAGCAAAAUCUUCAGGUGGCAGCUCAGAUCAACGAGACCUUUAAAGAGCAGGUGCUGAAGGUCUGUCUAAAGCAGAUGAACUCAUUCUUAGUAAGGUACCGAGAGGAGGCGAUUGCUUAUAAGGAGGAACAUCUGAAAGACCGCCAGCUCCCACAGUGCUAUGUUCAGUACAUGAUCGCCAUCAUCAACAACUGUCAAACGUUUAAGGAAUCUAUAAACAGUCUGAAAAGGAAGUACUCGCAGUCAACUGAACCCACCCAAAACGAUGCUGCCAUAGACAAGCUCCUGAAUGAUGUGGCCAAAGAGGGCUGUCAGUUUCUGCUGGAUGAAGUCUUCCUGGAUUUAGAGCAUCAUCUUAAUGAGCUGCUGACCCGGAAGUGGUUGACAGGCUCUCAUGCUGUGGACACCAUCUGUGUCACUGUGGAGGACUACUUUAAUGACUUCGCCAAAAUUAAGAAGCCUUAUAAUCAGGAAAUGACAAGCGAGGCUCAUCGGCGGGUGGUGGUGGAGUAUCUGAAGGCCAUCAUGCAGAAACGCAUCUCAUUUAAGAACGCCGACGAGAGGAAAGAGGGAGCGGACAGGAUGAUGAAAGAGGCCGAGCAGUUCAAAUUACUCUUCAGGAAACUCUCUGCUAGAGAGGAAACAGACCGGCUGUGUGAUUCCAUCAGUGCCAUCGCUGAAGUCUUCAAACUGACUGACCCUGCACUGCUCUACCUAGAGGUGUCCACACUGGUGUCCAAGUAUCCUGACAUCAGAGAGGAGCACAUUGUGGCCUUGCUCGCUGUCCGUGGUGAUUCCAGUCGAGAAAUGAGACAGAUGAUCAUAGAGACACUAAACCAGAACAAGCCGUCCGCCUCCGCCGUUUUUCAGCCUGUCUUCAGAGACAUCACCGUGCCAACCAUCACCAUGACAGGCAUGACCUCCAUGGCUGUACCUAAACUGCUGAAAUAAUCUGACCUUUGACCAAUUAAUCAAGCCGCCAACAGACGGGAUAAGAUGAUGCACUUUGAAAGUUUUCUGCCAUUUCAAUGGAAAUAUCUCAAUGAUGGUGAUUUUGUGCGCUUGAAGAGCAGCAGCUCCUGUUGAGAUGUGCAGUUACUGCAGACAACUUCACUGAUUUAUGACUUGACUGAUGUAAAGAAAUGUUUUUGUUCUAACACAAUUCUGGUUGUUUUAAAAAUGGCAACAUAGCAAAAAUGAAAGGGAUAGUUCACCCACAAAAGAAAAUUAUGUCAUCAUUUACUCACCUUCUUGUUGUCCAAAUGCAUACGACUUCCUCUUUUCAGUGAAAAACUAAAGAUGUUUUGAAGAACGUCCAAGCUCCUCUUUUUCCAUAAAAUCAAAGUAUACAGUGAUCAGGGACUGUGGAGCACCAAAAUGGACAGUAAAGUUGUCCAUAUGAUUUGUGUGCAAUGUUCCAAGCCUUCUAAAGACAUACGAUAGUUUUGUGCGAGGAACCGAAUUCGUAAUUUGCUGAAAGUCUUUCCAUCAGCUGAAGUUCUCAAAUCACAUUAAUGCUCGCGUUCAAUUCAAAUAUGGUGUCACGAUGCGUUGUGCCAUCAAACGUCAUUGGUUCUCAUGUGUCUCUUCAUUGACGUUAAACCUACAGCAGAUGGGAAGACUUUCAGCGAAUAAUGGCUCAAAUUUCCCACAGAAGAAAGUCAUAUGGGGUUUACGGAGCCCCUUAAAGGACAGGGCAGGAACUUUUUUCUGAAAUUGUUUUGCGUGCCUUCGCAGUAGUUUUGCAUUGCCUCGAAAUAAAAUUUAUUACGUUUUUGCUUCAGUAGCUAUAUUUUAACCAUGAUAUUCAUAGUGAAACCAUAGUGAUAAUACAGGAGAACGAAAACUAUGGUAAUAAAAACCAUAAUGUUGUGGGUAUUAUGGUUUAACUAUACAAAUACCAUAGUUUGACUAGGGUUUUACUAUAGUAAUAUUUUAGACUGUAGUAACCAUAGUUUUUGGCUGAAAUAAGAUGGUGUUUGUAGUAAAACCAUAACCAAAAAAUUAUGAUUUAUAUUACCAGUUUUUUAAAUUUCCUGUGUUAUAACUGUUUUUGCCGCAAAUAGCAUAGUUCGGUUGUGGUUACUGAAGUAAAAGCAUGGUAAAUUUUGUAGUUGGUCGGUUUUUGCCGCAAAUAGCGUAGUUCGGCCGUGGUUACUGAAGUAAAAGCAUGGUCAAUUUUGUAGUUGGUCGGUUUUUGCCGCAAAUAGCGUAGUUCGGCCGUGGUUACUGUAGUAAAAGCAUGGUAAAUUUUGUAGUUGGUCGGUUUUUGCCGCAAAUAGCGUAGUUUGGCCGUGGUUACUGAAGUAAAAGCAUGGUAAAUUUAUUGUGAGGGAAUGCAAAACUAUUUCAGAAAAUAAAUACCCUCCCUGUCCUGUAAGGCAGGGGUUUUCAGUAUUUUUGAUGCCAAGGACCCCCAAAUAUGAUGAUCCCAUUACGAGGGAUCCCGUUUGAGAAAAUAGUAAACAUGAUAUUAUACAGACAUGUUUACAAAAUUGAAUAAUUGGCCUCUAUUUGAGCCAUUGUACUAAUGUAAAAUUAAUUAUAAAAUGUUUACUUUUUGAGUUGACGGUGUUUUUUUCUAUUAAAGUAAUUGUAAGAUGUUCAAACCUGAAGAGAAACAUUUUCAAUUAAAUUCUGAUUUAUUUAUAUAGCACUUUUCACAGUAAAUAUUAAGCUUUAAACAGAAUAGUAAAGUACAUUUCUUACAAAUAAAUGUUUUUCAUAAUAUAUUAAA